UAAACAUUUUUAUUUUCCACGGCUGCCGAACCUAAUGCUAUGAUUUAAAACACAUAGGCUCCCCGAGAGAUUGUUGCGAUUCUUAGCCGGCUCCCUCCUCCGCCGCAGUGGGCGCGGACGCCGGCACCGCCGAAGGCAGCCCCGGUUGAGGGUUGCUUAGGCGCGGGGUCCUGGGUUUCUAUGACGACGCGCACGCGUUUGGGGAGAGGCGAAGCGACAAGGUGUCCGGCGGGAAACACAGUUUAUGGGUCAACGUGGCAGCCCUGCCAAGUCCCAGGAUGCCUCUGCUUAAGUUUCUAGGUUAGCUUUCUGGAGGGAUAUUUCAAAUUACUAAAGAGAGUGAUAGGAGGCAUUGCUUAUUAUGUCGCUUCCGAAAACGCCUUCCACAUCAGCAUCUGAGGGCAAACAUUUGAAAAUCUCUACAUCCAAGGAAGAGAGAGGACUUCCUGAACUAAGGGAGAAAAAAAGUCUGGUGGAUUGGUCAAAACCCCUUCCUCCUUCCCUUCAGAACCAGUUCAUCCCUGAAGAAGUUCUACUUUCUCUGACCUGUGCAGCCAAUGCUGGUCCUUGUCCUGAGAACUUACUGCCCCCUAAGAAAAUUAAAACCCCAAAGGUUACUCUUCCACGCCGUGCUGACCAUGUUUGGCAUAACCCUAUUCGAAGAAAUAAGUUCAAAUAUCUGAUUGACCAUCCUGUUUCCCUAACGGGAGCUGGAAGGGAUAUUUCAUUUCUGUAUGAUGUUAAAUAUGUGAAAGGAGAGACGAGGGAGAGCGCGGUUUGUCCCCCGCAGAUGGACCGUUCGUCACAGUCACACGAUGGCGUCAUUGUGCCUCAUAAGCCAAAGAAACUAACAGAUACUUUGAUUCCUGAAGAAUUUCACAUUGUGUCAAACACAGGCGUUUCAGGUUUGGAGUGUUACGAUGACAAAUAUACUACUCUCCUCACAGACAGUGAAAAUAGACUAUUGCUCUUCCCGUCCAUGAAACCUAAUAAAAGAAUAGAAGUGGUCCAGCUGAAUGAUGUGAUGGAUACUAUGCUGGAGAGGGCUGGUGUAGACAAUCAGGACUAUAUAGGCCCAACCAAGAUGCACAAGCUUCUUCACAUAUUGAAAAAGGAGCAGACCAUUUACAAUACAGUAUUUCAUGAACUUAUUCGACAAGUCAGUGUGGACUGUGCAGAUAGAGGAGAACUACUGUCCAAAAUCAGAGAGCGGUAUGUGCAAAUGCUCGACCAAAUCGCCCGGCAGAUGAUUGACUUCUACAAAGACAUGGUAACUCAGCGAAUGAUGGACCAGCGCAUUUUAGAAGAAUUGUACAAUUUUAAGAAUGUUAUUGAGGAACUGACCAGGGAGCUGUGUCUGGUUCGGGCACAUGAUGUGAAAUUAACAAAGGAAGCAGAGAAGGCCCACAGGGAUUUGGCACAAGCUCUUUUAGAUGCUGAAGAGAAUGCCAAAAUUGUAGAAGAAUAUCAUGACUUAUAUACAUUACAAAGAGGAAGAAUGGAGAGUGAUAUUAAACAAUUAAUGAUGGAAAGAGAUGUCUGGAGCUCAUCCACAUAUGACUUGUCCAUAAAGAUAAUUGAAAGAAAUAAAAUCAUAUUGGCUAAAAGACUUUACCUCAAUGAAAAAGGCUGGAGUAAAUAUGCUAAGCAUUUCAUCAUAUUGCUGUCAACUAAGGAUACUGCAGACCUUGCACUGUUGCAGAAAUUGACACAGAAGUGGAGAAACUUGGUUAAUAAAUUUAAACAAGAAGUGGAACAAAAUGAAGAGUCUGUAAAGAAGACCUUGCAAAGCAUUAAGGAUGGCCUUGUCAAAUGGCAGCACUUCUUCAGAAAUGAUAGUGGAAAAAACAUUUUAUCCCCUAAUAAAGAAAAUGUAUCUGAAUCAGUUGUUCUAGACUUCAAACAGUGGCUAGAGAUACUGACUGAAGACAAUGACAAGUUUUUUGGGGAUCUUCUAGUGUCAAAAUAUGAUUCUCUAAACAUCAUUAGGCAUUUACAGGAAAACUGGGCAGAUAUUGGGCUUGGGAUAUUUAAUCGCCAUAAAAGUAUGGAGGGGAAGAUACCAUCAGAGCAGAAGCACAUGGAGGAAAUUAUGAAAAGCAUAGCAAGACUCUACAAAGAAUUUGAAAUAAGAAUAAAUGGUGAUAAUGGUCUCUCUAAAAUUCUUCCAAGUUUGAUUAGUUCUCUUGAAUUCUGUUCUUUGAAGCUGGGAAGCCUUGCGGAGGUUCCUGAAAUGCUUCUUGAGGAAUGGGACAGACUUAAUGAAAAAAUUGAUGAGAUGAAAUCUCAGUUGGAUGUAUUGUUAAACAUUAUUGGUGCUGUCCCACAGUACAUAGAUGUGGACUCUGGCUUGGUACUCCAAGCACAUGUAUCUAACGCGAUUCAACAGUGGCUUUUGAAGAUAAGCAAUGAGAUUAACAACGGUAACAUGGAACUUCAGCGCCAAAUGGAUGAAUUGCAUAUACCCAUGAUCCAGUGGAUGGUAAAUUUGCUUAUUUUAAUGGUACCUGACUUUCCUGAUCCAGACACUGUCAUAAAGUUGGAGGAGAAAAGUGCUGAACAACGUGACCUAGGAAUUGCAAAGCUAGAGCUAGAUGCAAUUGCCCUGACGAAAAAGUUGUCUCAGUACUCCAGCUACUUGAGCAGUUGUUGCAAAGACAUGGUAGCAGCUAUGACACCGAGUAAAGCAAGUCACUCAGGAAAACAUCCUAGCAAGGAGCUUAAUGACCUGGAUGAGAUGAAGAGAGAAUGUUAUGAAUGGAUCACCACGUGCUCUCACCUCCUUUCUGGCCUCAAAGGCAGAAAAAUAAAGUUAUUGACACAUGAAGAAAAACGUCACCUACUUGGAGAAGGGGACACUGCAAAAGAAUUACUUGAGUCUGAAGCAGACAAGCCCCUUAAACAUAAAGAAGAAAAUAUGGAGGAUAAGAAACUUGAAGUGGAAAAGGAAGAAGAGAAAGCAGAAGAGAAACCUUCCGCAUCCACAGAGAAGGAAAAACUAAUUCGAUACAUUGGAGUAGAUGAGAAUAUUCAUUCGCAACCUCUUUUUGGAACAGAUAUAUUGUCUUCCUGGAGAGAAUCAGCUGAUCAAGGUACAUUGGCCCCAGAAUAUCUUGAAGUAAUGGCUAUCAUUGAACACAUGCAGGAGAAGAUAUUAGAGGUUGAAAGCAGAGCCAGGGAAGCAGAGGAGAAGUUCGAUGAUGUAAACGAACAACUUCAUUACACGCUUAUACGAAAUAAAGAACUGGAGAAAGAACUGGAGGAAGUAUGGAUGAAGUAUAAAGAGAAGGAGUCUGAAGGAGAAGAAGAAGAAAAUGAAAGAGAAGAAGAAAAAGAAGAAGAUGAGAUAAGGCCAGGAGAAAGAGCCUCAAAGUCUCCAAAGAAAGAGACACAGAGGAAGGAGAGUUCUAAAUCCAAAACCCGAACUAAACCCCUUCCAGAAUGAAAUCCAAAUAGCAGCCAGAUGCUGGGCUUCACCACAGCUCCCCUCACUGAACUCAGCCGCGAUAUCUCUGCACUUUUGAGCUGACAGUGUGGCCUGAUUGGAGGGACUCCCUUUGCAGCAGCUUCCGGAAAAGCCAUGACAGACAAGUCACGGGCAUUUUCUCUUCAAAAAUCACAGUGAUGGCUGUAGGGAAUGGGUGCAUUAGUUUAUUUCCAAGAUUAAAAAUAGCUUGUGCAAAGCUUUUCUAGUUUCUGCAAUUGAUUUCCCAGCAGAAGUCUAUAAAAAGUAUCAGUUUCUGUCAAGGAAAUAAUGCUUUUUGAAGACUUGGAUUUCUGCAGAGAAGAGUAGCAAAUAAAAAGCAUUAUUUUUUCAAUUUAAAAGGAUCAUGAUAAUGCUCUAGGUUCGGCAGCAUUUUCAGAUUUCUUAUUUCAGGCAUUCUUAAGAUUUAUCUGGUCUUCUCCUUAACCCUGCAAAGUAGAUGGAGGAAACAAUAUCAUCCCCAUUUCUCAGAAGAUGAAAUUAAGGUCCCAAAUGGUGUAAGAUUCCCAGGGUCACAGAGCUGAUGGAUAUCAGAGCCUUCAGCUUGCGAACGUGUAUCUGGAUUGUCUGACAACGGUGAUGGGCCUCCAGGCCAUUGCUAGAUAGCUUCCUUUACAGGGGUCAGUGUUGCUGAAGAUUCAUUCAGAGUCUUCUUUUUUGCUGUUAUUGCCUCCUUUGUCUGUUCUGUUUGUGACUCUGGAUCCGUCUAGGCACUAGAGAUGGACUGAGCUACAAAAAUAUGUUGCAAAUGACAAAUGGACGUUCUGGGCUAUCACUUAGCAAGGGGUCCCUCCUGCCUCCCUGCUCCUGGCUCCCUUGCCUUUGCUUUCUCUCUCCCUGGCUCCAGACACCUACAAGAUUUCUGCACCUGCUUUGCUUCCACAUGUUUGCUAUUUCUUUGGAUUUAUCUCCUGGAAUUUUAGGCCUCUGCCUGCUCCUUAAUCCUC